UUGUUUUCAGUGCUCGAUGAAACGGCAAAACUACAAAAUACAUAAUAAUCAUCAUCAUCAACAUGAGUUGGUCGACCGUUCAGCUGUCAAGUCGGCUUUUAUUUUGCGCUCAAAAACUUAGACCAACUUGACAGUUGGAAGACAGUAGUGUUUAUAACAUCGACGUCUGCCCCACAACCACUGAACAACUGAACCACCUCGCCAGACCACACCGCCGCCCCGAUCACCCUGCCCCACGAUGCUGCCCGUUUGGACAGCUAAAUGAGUGACAGGCGGCUCAGCAAAAGAGUUAAUACUGUGAUUAAACGGCCAAGAGAAGAGUGCCACUGUCAGAGCUGCCGACUGAUCCAGGAUGGUCGACCGAAUGGUGGGCGGCUUAACUGCCUGACAGUUCUGACUGACCGCCGAGCUUCGGUUUGACUAUUGCUUCCUUAUGUUUCCGUUUGUAUCUAUACAACAUUUGGAGGAGCUCCCCUGAUAAUAUGCAAACUAAAAGAUUAUUUCUAAUUUAAAAGGCAAUGUGUCAGUAAUUAUUGCCUGCCUGUUUAAUCUUUCAAAUUAGCUCGGCUUUAAUUUCAUAUUUGCAUCUGCGUAAAGUUCCACAAACUGAGAUAAAAGUGGCGAAGACCUGCAAACAGGGUUUUGCCAUCAUAGUGAUAUAUAAUGGUGCAUUAUAGCCCGCACUUUCUAGUCUGAUCUCGUUCCACGGAGCCGGCUAAUUAUCUACAAUCUGUCAGCAGUCAGUGCUCCACAUUUUCCAGUGUGUGCGCUAUCUAAAUGACAUGAGCAAGCAAACUAGCCAAAUGACUACUAAAUUUAGACAGAUCCACUCUAAUUCGAGAACGAAAGACCUUGUCAUGGGGCGGCACGACAAUCACGAGACCCUCCAAAACGAUUUAUCUUGUUUUUGUGCGCAGUUUUCUCUCCCUAAUUCCCCACUAAUUUUGUUUAUUGUCUUUGCCUCGGAAGCUAAAUAGCCUAAUGCCAGUAAUAUUAUUAUUUUAAUUUACACUGUCAUGUUUUUAAAGAAAACACAGUCAUAGAUGGACCUUGCGAUGUGACAUCCAUUAUCUAUCACAUAAUGCCACAGAUUGUAGUGACUAUAUUUUCAAAAAAUGUAUAUUCUGAAAAACAGAUCUGUGACCAAUCACAGUGAUAACGUCACAAUACAAUCGGCAACUUAUGAUAUGAAUUCUAUAUGUUAUUCAAAAAUCAUUUCGAAUUCCUAGAAAUACGCUCAAUGUUUCCUAGAAUUAAUACCAUUUUAAUUGAAGUCAUUAAUUUUUAUUCAAAAGUGUUAUCAGAACAGCAACAGUGCAGUGAUUUUUUUAAUGUGGGGCGGUGGUUCAAAACACUACAGUCGCGAAUAGAUUUUUCUGGAAGAAUGAUGUGCCUACAGCUUUCGGUUCUGGUGAUCUUUCUAGCUUUGGGCCUAGAGUGGAUUGGGCCUGUAGAUUCCAAACGCUGUAAAACCCAUGACAACAAAGAAGGAAUAUGCGUGAUUCCUCGGGAAUGUCCGCCCCUUUUUCAGAUUGUCACUAAGCACAGAAACGGAGAGACACUAAGCCCCCAGGAGAACUUUUUGAGACAAUCAGUUGUUCAUUGCGUGCAGCGAAAAAUUUUUUGCUGCGCACAGCCACUUAACUCUAAUGGAUUCGACUUGCUGGCGGAAAACGACAAUAUAUGCGGACUUUUCAAUGAUCUUAAGGUUUUUAAUGGAAAAGUUGUUCGCAUGGGUUCCCGGCCCUGGCUAGCCUUGCUACAGUACAACCUUACUAAUCCAGAUCUAGUCUUCAGAGAACAGUUCAAAUGCGGCGGCACUCUGAUUAGUUCAAACUAUAUUUUGACGGCUGCGCACUGUAUACACGAUAACCUUGCAUCCGUCCGUUUGGGAGAGCAUAGCAUUAGCAAUCCUAAAGACUGCAUGUUGUAUGGCAUGCAGCGGAUGUGUCUAGAUGCCCCCCAGGACAUUCCGAUCGAAGAGAGGAUCGCCCACCCGAAUUACAUAAUAGGAGAAUAUAAACACGACAUAGGGUUGAUCCGACUUAAGCACCCGGUCCAGUUCACCGAUUUCAUUCGACCCAUAUGCCUACCACUGUAUCCUGACCUCAUCUUGUCGAGUCAGACCGAGAAUAUUAUGGAAGUAUCCGGCUGGGGGGUUACGGAGAACCAAACACUCUCCGACGUUCCCAUGAAGGCAUUCGUAAACCGACUGCAGUCGACCAAGUGCCUUGAUUACAAUUUUGAUGUCGAUGACACCCAAAUCUGCGUAAGCGCCAGUGAACGCGAUAGCUGCCAGGGCGACUCCGGCGGCCCACUAACCUUCCCGGGUCGAUACAAGGGCAAACAGCGCCAAGUGCAGGCCGGAAUAGUGAGCUACGGAGGAGAGGAAUGCGGAUCUUAUCCGGUGGCGGUCUAUACUGAUGUCUCUGAAUAUAUGUCUUGGAUAACCAGCACAAUUGUGGACAAACAUUUAUAAAGUAUUUUACAAUAUUGAAGCAAACAGUGAUUAUGAUUAAAGGUAUUGAUGUCUGAUCUGUGUAUGUGAAGGUCCUGCUUAGAGACUCAAAUAAAAAACGAUCGAAUCAAAUAGAAUCCUCA